GUUUUUUUUAUUAUCAACAUUUGUAAGUUUACUGUAUAUAAUAAUAGUAAUUUUAUAACACGUGUACUAUGUAAAAUAUCGAAAAAAUCGACGUUAGUCAGUGAACAGUUAGUUGACAAGAACAUUUCACUGAAUAAUGGAAAAUACUUUGUUAUUAUGUUUGUUAAUCACUCUAAUCUCUGAAAGCCAUUUAAUCGUAGUAACUCAUGAAAAUGAAUCAAAUAGUGCAGAAAGCGAUGAUAUUGAAAUAGAAAUUGCGCCGUUCGCGUUAUCUCUACGGCUAAAUAAUAAUCAUAUCUGCGGCGCCACUAUCAUAAAUUCUAAAUGGGGUAUCACAGCUGCUCAUUGUGUUAGAUCAUCAAUUGCAUCAGUACAAAACUACACAGUGCGAAGUGGAUCAAAAUAUCGUGAAACUGGCGGGUCAAUUCAUCAACUAACCGAAAUCGUGUCUCAUGAAAAUUACAGCAGUCUGAAUUCUGACUAUGACGUAGCUGUGUUUCAAGUUGAGCCGAAGUUCAAAUUCAGCUCUCUAUCUCAGCCAAUCACACUGCCUGAAGAUGAUGCUGAUGUAACUUGGGGAGCUGCUAUUGGCUGGGGAGGUUUUGAUGUUCAAUUUGAAAAUGUACUAUCAGAUACACUAAAGAUGGUACUUUUGCCAAAAGUCAAUUGGGACGAAUGUGUAGCCGAUUAUAUAAAUAUUUUUACAGUUACCCCUCGGCAACUGUGUUACGGUUACAAGGAAGGUGGUCGAGAUACGUGCAAGGGAGAUUCCGGUGGUCCAUUAUUCAAUCGAGAUAAAAUUCUAAUUGGAAUCAUAUCCUGGGGGGACGAUUGUGCCCAAUCAAAUUCACCGGGAAUUUAUACUUAUGUUCAGCUCAUCAAAGAUUGGAUAGAUUUGCAUACAAAAGAUUAA